GUUCUGCUUCAGUGCGAUUUUGUUCGUGGUCAAGGAGGUGCACGUUGUAAAUACGUACCGAUCGGCAUUUUAACAACCGAACAACAACAAAUCUAAAAAAAAAAGUUAUAAAAAAAUUCACUUUAUCGUUAUUCUGUUUGCGGGUCUCUGAUCUUGGGUGAAUAUAAAGUUGAAUUUUGUUUUGAAUACAAUAAAAUAAGGUGCAUUACCUGCAGGUCUGCCUUUUGUUGUGCAAGAGGAAAAUAUUGUUCAUUGUGAAGUUUGUUGUUUGUGAAAUUUUAAAUUAAAUCGGCCGGCAUAGAGAACCAGAAAAUGUUUUUAUAAAAAAAGUCGUGAUUUUGAAAACUGUGUAACGCAAUCGAUUUGUAUCGCCAAUUUAAUUGCUUUAGUACGCUGAAUAACGUCGGUUUUGAAAACAACAAUAAUAUAAUCGGACAGUGAAUAGAACUACUACAGCGCGGGUAGAAUAAGUGAUUUCAUUUUGAAAAGAAAAUCAGAACAAUUGAAUAAGUUGUGAAUUAAGUGCAUCGUUUACGCAUUAUUGUCUUGGGAGUAAUUGAUGCUUGGUGUUAUAUUCUCAAAAAACAUCGUCUUUCUCUUACACGUGCGGUAACAAAAAAGCACUUAAGAUCUGGUGCAAUUAUUCAUCUAAUAUUUUAUGAAACAAACGUGGAUAUAUAUAACAAAACUACAUGGUGAUGAUAGUGAAUACUGUGAAAUAAAAGUUUUAAUUCAAUUAAAAAUGAAAUGAAGUCACACGACCCCAUAAGGUGUAGCUAAUUACUUGGGUAAAGCAUUCUAUUGAGUUUUCCAAAUUAAUUAAAAAUUAUUCAACAAAAAAAUGAUAUAAAAGUAGAAAGUGAAAUUCUCAAUCUCAACAAGCAGCACCAACAACAAUAACAACCAUCAACCAAAAAUUCUUCUAUGUGAAAAAAGUGUAACAUCGAUUGAUUGAUAGCAACACAAGAUGCGGUGGAAAAAUAGUAAAACCAGUGCCGAAAAGCGGAGCUAUGACGAUCCACCGAAUAAACUUGAUGAAAAGAAACAAUCGAUAUCCAGCAACACAUCUAUGCCAUUCCUGCGAGACGACAUAACAUUUCAUCGUUUUGCCACCGAUGUAUCGUUGGACAGCCGACGUCCGUCGGAAGAGAAAAUUUCAUCGGGCACGGCAGGUCGUGACAGACUUGCUAAUGAACCGAAUUUCACACCGUCUGUGUGGACGACGAACUAUAAGAAUAAUUAUUCGAGUGCAACAAACGAUUUCCAUUACAUACCAACGAACGAUAUUAACAGUACAUCGAGGAGCACCAUCCAUCACAAUGGCAGCACAGCUAAAUUGAUUUUACCGGCGGAUGAUGAGAAAAAUAAACAGUCAAAAUGUUCAAUAUUCCGUGGCAUCAUAUUGUGUCUGUGUUUGAACAUCACCUAUGCCAAUGUCGUGCGAUUCCCACGCGAAUUAGAACGUCAUGGUACUGCAUUUUUGAUACCAUAUUUCACCAUAUUGUUGCUGAUUGGAUUGCCGAUUGUGCUGUUCGAGAUAGCGAUUGGCCAGUUUCUCGGCCAAGGAUCAGCGCACUCAUGGAGAGCUUCACCCAUAUUCAAAGGUGCAAGCGUCGUUGGACGAUUGUCUUCAUGGCUUACCACAAUUUGGACAUCGCUGCAGGCAGUUGUAGCCGUGGUGUAUGUAGGUGAAUUAAUAUUUAGGUCAGUGCCAUUUAGCCAAUGUGCGUCCAAAGUUAGAUUAGAAGCAGACACUGGCUACGUAAUCAUAGCGAAAAGUGGCCAGGAAUGCUUGAAACAAACAUUUCUCACGCCUGUGUGGGAGCAUACUCUCUAUUUUGCACUUCUUACGAUGAGCCUGAUCGUUUUGUGGAUCGUGUCAAUGAUAUGCACGUACAGCAGCAAAACGCUACGUCGAUCGAUAGUUCUAAUCGGACUAUGUACGCUUAUGUUGCUGGUAUUCCAAACUGGAUGGAGCGUGACACAUUUCAUUAGCAAAACAAUUCUGAUUGAAGUGUUGCCAUUCCGAGUAUCGAGUUUAAUGGACAGCGCUCUGUGGUUCAGUGCGUUGCUGCAAGUUAUUUAUUCAACGAGCAUAGGGUUCGGAGUGUGGCCAGUGGUGACGGGAAAGUUUUUGUACAAAGGCGAUGCCGUUCGAACAUCAGUGGUGUACCUGUGCUUCAACCUAUUUGUAAUUACGUUGUCAGUCACAUUUUUCGUUACCCAGUACAACAAUCCGAUUACACAAAAUUCAACGAUCAACAUCCCUGAAUUGAAGCCGCUAACUUCGAUCUAUGAUACAGCUCUAUCCGAUCCAGAUCCGUUAUUGUCAAGGUUGAUUCCCGGUCUGGCAUAUAUCAUUAUAGUCCUUACAUCGGUGAUAACAAUUUCAAUCAACAUCUACACCGCGUCACGUCUCAGUCGUCGUCAUCCAAAUUACAUUCUUAGUCUCACCGGCCUAGUUACAUCAAUUACAGCACUCAUUUAUCCGGACUUCUUCAUUUCACGCUUAUUGGAUGGACGGAUCGUCGGUGUGCUGGUAAUAUGUGCAUUAAUUGUUGAAAAGUUUAUUUUUUGUGGCAUAUACGGCGUGCGAAACAUUUACACUGAUUUGGAGUUUUCCAUUGGUCGCCCCAUCAUGAAAUUGUGGGUGUUUCUGUGGUGCACAAUUCCAUUUAUUCUCAGUGGACUGUUGAUUUGGUGGUCUAUAUCGUACAGUCCAGACGAUCUGGCAAUAACAUAUUUGCCACGAUGGGCACCAGUCGUUUUGAGCACGAUCAUCAUUUUAGUACUGGCCUGCGUUGAAGUGUACAAACAAGUUGACUACAAUUGUUGCAGCAUGAUUCAAGAAGCUGCUCAACCAUCAAAAGAUUGGGGUCCUGCUGAUCCUAUCGUACGCCAUGCAUGGAAACAGUGGAGAGCUGUAUGCGAAGAUACGGGUCAAAAGGAUUUCACAUUGAGACGGCGUGGCACAAGGGACUACACACAUUCGAUCAAAAAAGGCCAGUAUUCGCGGGGCAAAUACGGUACACAACAAAACGUUCGACACGGCUCAACGCCCGGCAGCAAUUCACCGAAUUACAGUGGAUCGAUCUUCGAAGAUUCAGCGAUCGAAGAGGAUGUGAGCAGUGACAAAUAUCAUGGAUAUCAGGGACAAAUGAAUGGAUUCGCUAACGGUACGAAGCCGUUUCGCACUUCAAACGGAUCGAGAAAUACGUUGACCAGUAAUAAUAGUCGCCGGAAUACAAACACCAGCGCCGACAAAGCACCAGUUCCAACGGAACAGCAAAAACAAUUCUUUUACAUUCGUUCUGCCAAUGAUAAUGACUACAACAAUGUUUCGAAAGUGGAAAUUGUUUCGGCACCGCCCGCUACCAAUCACACAACCCACAAUUAUCGUAAAUCAGCUGCAAAAAAUCCAUUGGCGAGGGUAGAUUCGAAUCCAAAUUACUCGUCCAAAGUGACCGUACCGGAUGCGGGCUACGGUAAUUUUAAGAAAGAUUCGCAUAAGGAUGGCAACAACGUUGACCAUAUUUGUUGGAGAAAGUUUUCGAUCAAUUCCGAGGAGUUUAGCACGGAACUGUAGUUAUUAAUCGCGUAAGUUCCAUUCUGAUUUUCCUUUUUUUCGUUUGCAAGGAAAAUGUUUUUUCUCCGUAGGAUUAGGUUAGAUAUGCAGCCAAAUAAAUUCAAUUUUAUUUAUGUAAAUAUACGAUACAUUUAUACGAUAA